AUCAGUUCUAUUACCCAUACAAGUAAUUGGACGAAGGCGUAUUCUGUGGGGUGGGGAGAUUUGUUAAGAGCCACGUCGCUUGUGGUACGGGUUUGGAAGCAUAAGGACCUCCUUAUCUUUCAUAUAGGCCAAAAACAAAAGAUGUCCUGGUUCUUCCAUGUCAAUCAAGGCUCAAACCAGCAGCCCCCUGUCAUGAUGCCCCCAGCUGCUGGUGCCCUGUCUAGCAACACACACUAUCCGACAAUCAGUAGCAACACACUGGAUACAGCUAACACUGCUGGGCAGGGUUGGCUCUGCACACAGUCCAGUUCGUCUUCACCCAGCCUGGCAGACUUUCCAUCAGUACCACAGGGUUUCGUGCCUCCCAGCUUGGAGAACCUAUCUUGUACCUCUCUGAAGUCAGCGGCAGGCAGAGAGCCCCUACCACUCUCCUACGUAACUCUUCAGGAGCAGCGUUGUGUAUUGAGCUGGUUCUUGAGCUGGAGCACUGCCCAGAGGGAAAGGUUUCUGCAGGACCUGUUGGGGAAAGCUGUGCCAGGGAAAGUGUGUACCCUCCUCGAGUCGCUCAAUACGCUACAGGUUAAGGACAGCCCACCAAAUAUUUUUGAGUGCCAACUGCGCCUCUGGACCCAAUGGUUUGAGUCAUGGAAUGAGGAGGAGAGGAACAGUUUCCUGCACAUUCUAGAAGAGAGAGACCCAAUCUUUGUUGCCCACUUUUACAGAGGUGUAGCUGGGACAGCAGGCAGGGAUUGAUGGAUACAGGAGAAGAGGGUGUAGAAUGGAUAGGCAAUGUGUGGGUGGAAGACAGAAACAAGUUAGGUUGGAGUGGUACAUAGGGAAGCAUAUGUGUGGAGACAGUGAAGAACAGGCCAGUGGUUGAGAGCAUUGGGCUAGUAACUGACAGGUUGCUGGUUCGAAUCCCUGAGCCAACUAGGUUAAAAUGUGCCCUUGAGCAAGGCACUUAACCCUAAUUGCUCAUGUAAGUCAUUCUGGAUAAGAGUGUCUGCUAAAUGACUAAAAUAUAUGUACAAUCGUUUUCUGGCUAGGGGUGAGAUGAAUCUAGUAACAUAUGAGAACGCCCUUAUAGUAUUGAUACAUUCUGUUGACCACAUACUUGAGGGUAUUACAGAAGAUGGACUGAAUAAGGUGAACAUAUUUAUUUAAUUCUCUAUUACCAAACGAAUGGAUAGAUGUAAUAUCCUUAUUGAUCAACCUUUUUCCUCUUCUCUCAGUGCAGUUCCACCAUGGCUGUGUUCAGGUAAAAUGGAGUGAGUGUAGAUAAAGUGAGUGGCCAGGUCCAAUUCUGUUACCAGUGGGAAUGCUUCUACUUCUGUAAUGAUCUUGAACAGUUUUUCUACAAUGCCAGAAAUAAAAUGCCAUUUCAUAGA